UCACAGACUCACUAUUUACACAUAACGUCCAUGCAGACUGAUAUCUAAGAGUAAAAAGCCAACAUUUACAGUAAAGUGUACAACGACAGCAUUUGUGGUAUGGCUUGUGGUCACAUUAAGGUUACUUCAAUUUACCUAAUGCUGUAGUCACAGGACAAUUAUUGUUUUUUGUCAAUAUGUCAUCUCUGACAGAGCAGGUGGAUCAUCUGUCUAUCCAUUUAGGUGAUAGCAGGUGUCUGAUGCGUAAACAGAGAUGGAAGAGAGGAGCAACAGGUGAAAGGAGGGAGAGAGGAGGAAGGAUAAGUGGGAUGGGUGGAGUGAGGGAUGUAUUUAAGACGUCCUCCUCAUCCUUUUCAUCAGUCGCUUCUGCCUUCUCUCUCUGCACCUGACCAGCAGGCCAUCAAUCGUCCUCCACUUAGAAUGUCUUUGCCCAACUCAGAGAACGCCUCCACCCUGGAGAACGCCAUGCAGCUCAUGAUCCAGACCUUCCAUAAGUACUCUGGGAACGAGGGAGACAAAUAUACACUGAGCAGGGCUGAGCUCAAAGAGAUGCUAACCGCUGAGCUCGGCAACUACCUGGGGAAUGCCCAGGAUAAAGAGGCAGUUGAUAGGGUCAUGGGAGAUCUGGAUUCCAACAACGACGGUGAGGUAGAUUUCACAGAGUUCAUCAUUCUGGUCGGAGCUCUUACUGUGGCCUGUAACGACUUCUUCCUGGAGUACAAAGACAAGCCAGAGAAGAAAAAGUGAACACAAAGAUUUCUCUGCAGACCCAUACAGUCUAGGGAGGGAACGGUUCAGACAGGAGUGGACAUCCUGAUAUGGGAUUUAAAUUCACAAAUACACACACACACACACACACACACACUCACACACUCACACACAGGUCUAAUAGUCACCUGAGCAGUAAAUGUUGGGUGUUUGUGUAUUUGUCUGCAAUGUCCAAAUAAUGCAUUACUAGCUGUAUUUAUUGUAAUGUGAAAUUCUGGAGAGUUUAAGUCAGUUUCCACACCUGUACUAUGCUAGGUUGCUUUUUUCUUUUCAUGUAUUUUGUAACACAUUCAAGCACAUGAAUUUCUUCCUGGAAAGAAUAAAUGUAAUCUAUACUUCAACA